UUUCCAUCGCCACUGUGGCAAUCAGCUGUCUAACCAACCAGUGAAUAAUGAAUGAAUUUACAACAUUUCUUUGACCUCUAACAACAAGCAAACUAGUUUUAUUAUUGUAACCUCAAUAAUCAUUGAAAUUGGUGUCUUUUUUAGUGGGAAUUAAACCUAAACCAGUGUACAAUAGGAUUUAAAUAAUGGUCAAUCACUUACCCUUGCCUGCAGGUCCGUUCGCGCCCGGAAUGGUGGACGUUUUAUUGGAUUACAAAAAAGAUGCACCGUUUUUGAGACUGUAUUAUCCCACUAACGAAAAACCUAAUCCUGAAAAAUGGAUUUCUUGGCUUCCGGAUGAUGAUUAUUUAACGGGCCUGGCAAAAGUUAUAAUGGUUUAUAAGUGUUUUUUGAAGUUACUUCUUUGGUGGUCAGGUAACAUAAAAAUCCCUGCCAUCUACGGUGCAAAACCUAAAACAGAUGAGCCUCUUAAAUGCAUAAUACUCUCACAUGGAUUGGGAGGCACUAGAUUUCUCUAUACAAAUAUCUGCUGCGAAUUGGCUUCAAGAGGCUUUUUGAUAGCUGCUCUAGAACACAGAGACCAAUCAGCUUGUCACACGUUUUACUAUUCAACUAAAGCUGACGCUGAAGCUGAUAAAAAAACCUCUAUAGAUUUUAGACACAUAAAAUUCGGCAGAAACCACUACACAAAGCGCAACGAACAAAUUAAAUUAAAAUUUGAUGAAUGCAGCAAAACUUUGGAUUUUUUGCUAGAAUUGCAACAAGGCAUUGUACCGUCUAAUAUAAUGGAUGCCACUGCUAAUCAUACAAAUAUCCAAUUUAAUUUAAAUCAGCUAAAAGGCAAUUUGGAUGUUAGUAAUGUUUGUAUAAUGGGGCACUCGUUUGGAGGUGCAACUGCUCUAUAUGCAUUAUCUAAAAGAAAGGAGUUAAAAUUGGGAAUAUUAUUAGAUCCUUGGAUGUUUCCUAUUAAAAACGAGGCCUUAGAUAUAGAGCAACCGUUGCUUUUUAUUAAUACACAAACGUUUCAUAUUGCUCCUAAUGUUGAUGCAAUGGCUAAGUUUGUUGCUCAUGAAAAUGCCGAAAUGUAUACGAUAAGGCACACUACACAUGAAAAUCAGACAGAUUCCGUACUAUUGAUGGGUUACUGGUUAAAUUGGUUCAUGAAGAAAUUAAACCCUCUAUUAGCCCUUAAAAUUAACAAUUCUUUAAUUUUAAAAUUCUUAAAUAAGCAUAUUGCAUAUAAAAAUAUUGAAGAUUGUAUUGAAAUAUUGGAAAAGGAAAAGUUUAAUAUUGAUGAAGGCCUUACACAACCGUGGGCUUAAAUUGUAUUGUAAAAAAAUUAUUAUUCAUUAGUAAAAUUUGCUGGUCUUUUUUCAACAAAAGCAGUCAUCCCUUCUUUCCUAUCCUUAGUAGCAAAAGUACCGUGGAACAAUUUCUUUUCAAACUGCAGGCCUUGUGUCAAAGUAGUCUCGUAAGCAGCAUUGACAGAUUCCUUGCACAACUUAUUAAUGAGGCCUGAAUUACUAGCGAUUUUUUCUCCUAGUUUUACAGUUUCAUCUACUAGUUUGUCUACGGGGAAAACUUUCGAAACGAGACCCAUUUUUUCAGCUUCUUGCGCUGUUAUUUGAGCCCCAGUUAAAGCGAUUUCCAUUGCUUUUGAUUUGCCCACGUAUCUGGGGAGUCUUUGGGUACCACCUGCGCCUGGGAUGGUUCCAAUUAAGAUUUCCGGCUGGCCGAAUUUUGCCGUUUCACCUGCGUAGAUUAUGUCGCACAUCAUUGCUAGUUCGCAACCACCUCCAAGCUGAAAAUAAGACAAUGAUAAUUAUUAUGA